AGCGAGGGACGGGAAAGGCGAGCGAGCUGCCUCAAAUGCCUGGAAUAAUUCCGCUUCCGUUUGGAAAGCCGCAGCCUCAGUCCCGCCGCCGCCCGCCGCGGCCGUUCAGCUCCAGCUCCGCGUCCCGCCGCCAUGGCCACCUCCCCGCAGAAGUCGCCCUCGGCCCCCAAAUCUCCCACUCCCAAGUCGCCUCCGUCCCGCAAGAAGGAUGACUCGUUCUUGGGGAAACUCGGAGGGACGCUGGCCCGGAGGAAGAAAGCCAAGGAAGUGUCUGAGUUCCAGGAGGAAGGAAUGAACGCCAUCAACCUGCCCCUGAGCCCCAUCUCCUUCGAGCUGGACCCCGAGGACACCAUGCUGGAGGAGAAUGAGGUGCGGACGAUGGUGGAUCCAAACUCACGCAGUGAUCCCAAACUUCAAGAGCUGAUGAAGGUGCUCAUCGACUGGAUCAACGAUGUGUUGGUGGGAGAAAGAAUCAUUGUGAAGGACCUGGCUGAAGAUCUCUAUGACGGCCAAGUCCUGCAGAAGCUCUUCGAGAAACUGGAGAGUGAGAAGCUCAACGUGGCAGAGGUUACCCAGUCAGAGAUUGCGCAGAAGCAGAAGCUACAGACUGUGCUGGAGAAGAUCAAUGAGACCCUGAAGCUUCCUCCCAGGAGCAUCAAGUGGAAUGUCGACUCUGUUCAUGCCAAGAGCCUGGUUGCCAUUCUCCACCUGUUGGUCGCUCUGUCUCAGUAUUUCCGGGCACCAAUCCGACUCCCAGACCAUGUUUCCAUCCAAGUGGUUGUGGUCCAGAAACGAGAAGGGAUCCUCCAGUCUCGACAAAUCCAAGAGGAAAUAACUGGUAACACAGAGGCCCUUUCUGGAAGACAUGAACGUGACGCCUUUGACACACUGUUUGAUCAUGCUCCAGACAAGCUCAAUGUGGUAAAAAAGACCCUCAUCACGUUCGUGAACAAGCACCUGAAUAAACUAAACUUGGAGGUCACAGAACUGGAGACCCAGUUUGCAGAUGGGGUCUACCUGGUGCUGCUCAUGGGACUCUUGGAGGGCUACUUUGUACCCCUGCACAGCUUCUUCCUGACCCCGGACAGCUUUGAACAGAAGGUUCUGAAUGUCUCCUUUGCCUUUGAGCUCAUGCAAGAUGGAGGGCUGGAAAAGCCUAAACCCCGGCCAGAAGACAUUGUCAACUGUGACCUGAAGUCCACGCUGCGAGUGCUCUACAACCUCUUCACCAAGUACCGGAACGUGGAGUGAUGACCCAGGCUGCCUUCCUGCCUGCUCUCUCACUGCAGGACAUCUGGACCAGCUUCCCAACCGCCUUACGCUGCUUGCUCCUAUCUCUUGCUCUAUGCUCUCCCAUAAGCCCAGCGACCACCCAGAGAUAGUGGACAUUAAAAUCAGUAAGGCUAACCACAUCUGUAGGCCCUGGGGACUGACCUAGCAGUGACUUGGGAAAUUGUCCCCAUUCAUAUUCAGGUCCCAGAUGUUCCUACAUGUGCCGUGGGAAUCAGCACAGCCUAGAUACUGUCCCCCCAGAGCAUAGCAUUAAAGAUCAGAGUUAGUCCCCACACAAAGGGAGGUCUCUGCUGUGCUCAAGUUCACUAGCCUCAUGCCACCAUUAAAGGAGAUGUCAUUCUCCCCUUUUAAAGAUGAGGAAACUGAGGCUUAGAGAUUUGGAGAUUUGCUACUCAUUAGCAUAUAUUUUCCUCUUUGGGCAACUUACUGGUUAAUAAUUGGUGAACUGCAUUCCAUUCUGUGUGUAUCCUAAAGUGUGUGCAUGUUCGAACAGACUCGCCUUACCUGCAUAUACCUGCUUCCUCUAGCAGACAAGACACUCUGAUCUCACCCUUGGGCAGGCCAGGUCAGGGCUGGGUGAUUCGCACUAAAAUUGCCAAAUUGAAUUUAACUCAAUUAAUUGUGUGUGUGUGUGUGUGUGUGUGUGUGUGUGUGUGUGUGUGUGUGUGUGUGUGGCAGAAGCCGUAUCCCUCAAAUCCUUUGUACAAAUGAAAAUUACCCUUAAUUCCUUCAGAUUGGUAAUAAGCCCACGCUCGGGUUGCAGGAUGACAUUUGGGAAGGGUUCUGUUUGGAAUUAAUAGAGUGCCCAUUUCGCAGCCUUUUUGCUUGAUUGCAUGUAAUGGAUGUGCCCUAUAUUUUCCUGCAAAAUAAGUACUCAAUUCAUUAUCGUUAGGCAAAUGUAGGGUAUACUUGCACAUGGCAGAGAGCUGGGCACAGACCCAUUGGAGCAUCGCCUGAGAAGUAGGGCUCGUCAAUGGGGACCCUUGAACUUUAAAAAAAAAGGACCUCCUUUUUGCCUUCUAAUUGGUCAUUUAGACCAUUCUGGCUAAGUCUGCCCACAUGCAAUUACUGGCUAAUUCCAGUUGAGGAAAAUGUCAGUCAUUUAAACCAAAGCUCAGCAUCUAGUCUCCUCACUUGGGUGACUCAAGGACUGCAAGUUAUAAAUCUCCUCAUGCAAACCUGACUUGGAAGGAAAGUUCUGCUGUGCCAGUCUGCAUCUGUGUCCUGUAGAGAAAACAAAGGUGCUGAUGGGUAGAGGGAGGGCCAGACUUAAAGAGAACAAGAAUUUGAGUAGGGGAGCUGGAUACUGAUGUAUCCCCUCAGAGACAGAGCUGCUAGUAUGGUCCUUGGCCCUGUGCUCUUCAGUUGAGAAGGCCUUGGGAUAAUGACCUAUAUGCUACUGCUGUCCUCGCAAAUCUCAUAAAUAUGCCAGGGAGUUACCAGCUUGGGUUGCCUCCUCCAGAAGUGUGUUGACCACCUUGUCACUCCUUGUUCUCACUGGAACAAGAUAACCUGACGAAAGCAAUUUAAGGGAAGAAAGUAUUGUUUGACUUAUGGUCUAAAGGCACACAGCCUGUCAUGGAAGGAAAGUUGCAGCAGGAGAUGCCAUGGUAGGAAGAGCAUACAACCCGGCUCCCUCACCUCACACCAUGUCCGAACAAGUCCAGAACAGACAGGGAGUGGGGCUGGGCUACCACAAAGGCCCUCCUCCAGACACUCCACUUCCUAAAGGUUUCAGAUUUCCAAAACGGUGCCACCAGCUGAGACCAAGUGUUCAAACGAGCCUGUGGGAAACAUUUUCCACAUUCAAACUGAAACGUCUAGUAAAGCCUCCAUAGUUUAAGGAUUCACCAAGAUGGCUUUCCAUAACAUUCCACGUGCUCUUGUUUCUUUUUUUUUUUUUUUGUACUGACCAUCCAGGGCAGCUCAGAACCCAGAACAUUUAGAUCUGCUGUACACCUCCCUGCUUUCUUCUAGGAAUUGUUACUUAGCACUGUGAGCAUCUAAGAUGCGAAGGCAAUGUUCUGUCUUAUGUUGAUCUGUGUGUACAAACAGAAUUCUUUUUUGCAUAAUUAAUGAAAUAUCAUAUUUUUCAUUAGAUUAAUGUUGGUCUCACGCUCUUUUAAAUUCCUGGCAGGCAAUUGGCCUCUGUGAGCAGCACUGAAGCAGAGUGAAAUAAGAGGCCUGCAUCCACUUGAACACACUUUGCUCUAGGGUUGUGCCUUGUUGUCCCUGAUGCUCAAGCCAUUAGUACAUAGUACCUUCCUAAGAGCACUCCUCUAGGGCUCUGUGUUACCUCCAGAGCUCUGAAAGUUUCUUAAAAGCUUGCCAGUGUACUCAGCAACUGGGCGUUGGGACUAAGGUCUUUGCCUCAGUCCAGAGUCCUGGACUUGUCUGAUAUAUAAUCCUGUCAUGUCAUGGAGAUGGGUGUUUUCCUUUAGAUUCUAGGAUCAUAUACUUCAGACAUGAGCGUGGUUUUGAAGAAGAAAGAGACAUCAUCAUUAUAAGUAAUCAAACAACCUUCAUCUCCUAAGGAAAUAGAGGAAGGAAAAAACUGAGACAGAAAUCAUGCUGGCUCACAGUUUGAGGGCAUGAGGGAAGGGUGGAGAGGCAGGGCAGCAGGAGUAUUCAGCAGCUUGUCAUAUGCAAACAGGAAGCAGAGAGAGACAAUGCUGGUGCUCAGCCUGCUGAUUUGUUAUUUAAUCUGGGACCCCAGCCUAUGGAGUGGUGCCACCAUGGUCAGGGUGAGUCUUCCCACCUCAACUAAUCAUCAUUGUUAAUAGUUGGUACAUAAGUUAACACAGAAUUCAGAAAUCAGGAACAAUGUCUGAUAAAAACCCUAAGUAUGCAUCUCGCCUCUUCCCCAUCAGUCUCCACUCUCCAAGGAGAUGACUCUCUUGAUCCAUUUCUUCUGCAUGAUUCCAGAAAUACUCUGUGCAAAUAAAGCCUGAAUGUACAUAUAAAA